AUGCUCACUCGCACCCUCCCCGGCCUCCUCCCGCGCCGCCUGUUCUCCGUCUCCGCGAAAAUGGCCUCCACAACCCCGAUGGAAGAUUUGAUGCGCGACAAGAUCGCUACCGCCUUCACCCCCUCUACCCUCGUUAUCCGCAAUGACUCCCACAAGCACGCGCACCACAAAGCAAUGGAGGGUGUCGCCUCGAAGGAGACCCAUUUCCAUGUCACGAUAAUCUCGGAUGCCUUUGAGAAGAAAAUGCAGCCCGCGAGACACCGUAUGGUCUAUGCCUUGUUGAAGGAGGAGAUGAGUCAAGAGGGUGGCAUUCACGCGCUGCAGCUGAAGACUCAGACUCCGGCGGAGGAGACGAGGCAGAAGGAGAGGGCGGCGCAGGCUUGA